AUGAUAGACAUCAUUCUGAAGAUGUUGCUAGGGAAGUACUUUGAACCAUGCGACAAGAAUUUCAUAACCAUGAAUAUGAAUGCAGGAAUUGAAAUAAGAAACAUCAUAAUAAAAAACGACGAAAUUAAUCAAUUUUUAAAGAGCAAAAACAUAGACAUAGAAAUAGUAUACUUAAAAAUUGAAAGAAUCUAUAUCAGUUUCGUAACUCUGUCAGGCAUGCUAACUCUCAAAUUACACGGUGUGGAUUUAAGACUGAAGCCGCACAUACAUAGGAACGCCUCCAAGGGGAUUAAAAAUAAGCUGAUGAAUCUAUUAAGACGUAAUGAAGGAAAAGUGGAACUUGUUUCUCCACUCAAGGCGAGGGAUGUCAACCUCGGAAAACAGCAAGGGGAAAACAAAACCCUCUGCUGUUGUUGCGAAAGCUAUCAAGAUGUGCAGGACAGUCUCUGUUGCUACAACAACAUCAGCAAAAUUAAAACGUAUAUAUGCAAAGAUUGUUCUGUUUUGAAGAACCAAGAUGAUGAGGCACAUUUGGCAUUUAUUAAGAAACAAGUCGCUUGGGAGAAUGCACACCAGCAUGCUCCAGAUGAAACAAGCAGAAGUGUCGUGAUCAUGUCCAACGGUCUUUCCAAUGCUUCUACUUCCUCCGUGGGGCCGGAUUUAAAGGCCAAAAGAUGUAGAACACGUCACCUGAAUAGUGCAGAAAGGAUUAAACGCUAUGAUGAUAUGAGACAGUUUCUAUGCAAAAGUGUGAUGGGGAAAAAUCGCACGGGGGGUAGUAUGCAAGGCGAACAGGCGGAUCAUGUCUUUGCUAAAGAACUCGUGCAGAACCAAAACUUCAGGGAUAGAUUUCCCCACUGUGGAAAUCUAAGUCAUAUCAACAAAUCCGGCGUGACAUACGACACAAGUGCAACAUACGCAGUUAAUGGAUUGAACAGUCACCUACAAUAUUAUUCCGAUCAGAUGGGAAAAAAUGAGCAAAUCCACGUGAGUGCAUCAAAUAAGACGCAACAUAAUCGCAAUGCUUGUAAGAAAAGUUUGAGGGGUGGACAUUCGGACGGUAGGCCACCGCGGCAGGGCGUGUAUGUGAACAUAGGCAUGUAUGCUCCUGCAGAACUGCUCAAUGGGAUCAAGAAUCACCAAGACAAGGACCCCCAGCGUAGCACCUUAGACUACUUAUAUAACGCCCAUUCAAAAUUAAAGGGAAAAGAAAGUCUCGGCAAAAUUCACAUAUAUGACGACAACAUGGGGGAUGCCAUUCACGAGAGAUGCAACGAAUUAACUGAUCAUACAUGGGUAGGUUCUUGGGCGGAGAACAAUCCCCACAGGCUUUUCCAUAAUGAAGAUGUACCUUGCACAUGCCAUCGACUGAAUAAUAAAUGCACGAGUAUGCUAUACUCAUACAACGGGACGAAUCGCAACAAUUGUAUGAGGAUAAAAAUCGACCACGUUUUUGACGCAAAAUUGUGA